CAUGCGCAUCAGGCAGCUAGUCAUUUGACGACGUGUACCCGGUGUGUACAAGUCUUCAGGUAUCUCACCUCUGCUGGGAAACAAGCUGCCAUUAAAAUCUCGAAAAGCCUUAAAACAGCGAAACCAUGGGAGGCUCGCAGAGUGUGGAGAUACCGGGAGGAGGCUCUGAGGGCUACCACGUCCUCCGGGUCCAGGAGAACUCGCCUGGACACCGAGCAGGACUGGAGCCUUUCUUUGACUUCAUCGUUUCCAUCAAUAACACCAGACUGAACAAGGACAACGACACAUUGAAAGACUUACUCAAAGCCAGUGUGGAGAAACCGGUCAAGAUGCUGGUUUACUCCUCAAAGACCCUGGAGCUGCGGGAGUCUACAGUCACACCCAGCAACCUGUGGGGGGGUCAGGGCUUGCUUGGUGUCUCAAUUCGUUUUUGCAGCUUCGAGGGAGCCAAUGAGAAUGUUUGGCAUGUUCUGGAAGUGGAGCCUAAUUCCCCAGCAGCCCUCGCCGGCUUGCGGCCGCACACUGACUACAUCAUCGGAGCUGACACUGUUAUGAAUGAGUCAGAGGACCUGUUCUCUCUGAUAGAGAGCCACGAGGGGAAGGGCCUGAAGCUCUACGUGUACAACACAGACACUGACAACUGUAGAGAGGUGGUCAUUACACCGAACAGCGCCUGGGGAGGAGAGGGCAGCCUGGGAUGUGGGAUUGGCUACGGAUACCUCCACCGAAUCCCUACCCGGCCCUUUGAGGAAGGGAAGAAGAUCAGCUUCCCUGGAAACUCCCCCAGCGAGCCUGUCAGUCCGCUGAAGGAUGGAUUCACUGAGGUCCAGCUCUCAGCAGUAAGCCCUCCUCCUACUGCACCUGCUGUCCCUGGCCUUGAAGAUUCACUGUCCGGCCUGUCAAUCAGCACAGCCCCGCCCACCAUGCCCAGUGAGCUUCAGACAGGUUUGCCCACAGUCCCUCUGCUCCCCUCCACUUCCAGCCCCUCCCUCAGCCCGCUCACUCCACUGAAUCCUGCUACCACCACCUUCAACCCUGCCACCACGCUACCAGGUCUGAUGCCCCUCCCGGCUGGCUUACCCCCACUACCGAACCUUCCCAACCUCAACCUGCCACUCCCAGACCUCAGUGCCAUGUCACUAGCAGGGACCAGCACCUUACCGCCUCCAGCAGGAAUGACAGGAGUCCCAAAUCUUGCCUCCCUCCCUCCCCUCAACCUGCCAGGUCUGGCCCCGUUGCCCCCUCUGCCCACAAUGCUUCCCUCCCAGCUGCCUCCACUCCUGCCUCAGGGAGUGGCCCCCAUCCUGCCCACCUCCACCACCAUCGCUGCCCCUCCAGCCUCGGUCACAGUCACAGCGGCGCCUGCAACCGAGCCUGCCGCCAACACCACAACACCCACGGAAGCCGCCUCCACGAACGCCACGGAAACACAAGCCCCCACGGAAACACUAACGUCGUCGUAACCUGGGAAAGAACGACCCGCUUGCCAUCAAACCAAAACACACACACACCUGGUUUCUCUUUCUACCCCAUCUGUCUUUCUCUGUUAUUUUUUUUCUAUUUAUUUGGCCAAGAGGGACAGUCAGACAGCUGCACCAGUUCAGACAUAGAGGUCGACAUGUUCCAGGUAUGGGUGAGGAGGCUUGUGUGGAGCAAUGAAGGAUGAAUGGAUAUGAAGAAUGGAGGACGGAUGUAAACUGGUCUUACCAACAUGUCUUUAUUGCCAGAUUGAUAUAUUGCAGAGAAGCUGGUAGCAUGGCAGCUCGCCUUAGCUACUGUAUGAGGAGGACGAGGUCUACUCUUCGGUUUGUAGUACGCUUCGCACUUCUGCAGGUGCAACAAGGCAAAGAACUAUCUUAGGAUUUUCACCUUUCUGAUGUGUCAAUCCUCUCUGUUUCACAUAACUUUUUUUUUUAUAUAAACGGUGUAUGUUUAUAGGGCUGGACGAUAAACCGAAUUUACUCAAUUACCCACACCAUUAAUCUUGUAUAAAUAAAGUAAGAAAAGUUACAAAUACAAAUGACAACAAAUGGACGUUUAACUAACCAAUCAGCUCACAGUCCAGGCGAGGAGUUCUUUAACUGGUCACACUGGAAUAAAUCAGAACAGAAGUGGGAUAACGCAGGAGAAUAAAUAUCAUGCACUGCUGUAUUGGAAAAUAGUUGUUACACUCAUUGCUAUUAAGGUAAAUAUGAAUUUAUCAUGCGAUAGAUUCUAGGUCAUAUCGUCCAGCCCUAAUGUAUAACCUCUUAUUAGUUAGUUGACCCCUGACCAAUAGAUAUAUUUGAUUGACAUGUAUUAAUUUUUGUUGAAUUUGCUGUAUGAGUGUCCCCACCCAGUAAAUGAAUCUGCAUUAUUUUGCACCACCUUUUGAGUUUUGAAAUGAUUAGUUAUGUCUGUCCCCUCGUAUGUCUUCACCUAUAUCCAGAACUCUACAGUUACCCGCCCGUCUCUACCACACAGACGGCAACAGCCUGGACGCCAUGCCAGAAGGGACGGAGGUUUACAGUUACAUGAUCUACUCAGUGAGGUGUGUGCUUGCUGUCGGGUGAUUAGUUGGUAGGGUGAAACAUGGGUGCAGGUUUAUUAAAUACACAGUACGUCUCCUUCUGGCAUGGCACGAAGUGAAUUUGUAGGCAGAGUUGCAGUGAUGCCGUACAGCCGCAAGAUGUCGCUGUAAGAAUUUACUGAAAACAUCUCCAGUAUGCACAGUGCGAGCAAUAAAGCCAAAUUAAUUUUA